CUGACAGCUGAUAAAAUUAAUUUCUGGCUAGCCUUAUUUUCGACUGAAAUAAAAUAUAUAUUUACAACGAGCUAAAAUGGACUCCUUCAGCAGUAGAAACCGCAAUAUUGCAUUUCUGGUGCUUUGCCUCUGCGCCUGUUAUGCGUUGGCCAUGGAGGGCGGCAAAGAAAUUCCAGCAACGAAAUUUGGACAGAGCGUUGCUCCCACGAUGACUUUCCUCUAUUGCUACUCGUGCGGCUAUCGCAAGGCCUUUGAUGACUAUGUGAAUAUAUUGGGCGACAAGUAUCCGCAAAUAAUUGUGCACGGCGGCAACUAUGACCCGCCCGGCAUGAACUAUUAUCUUUCGAAGCUGAUAUUUGCACUCAAAAUUAUUAUUAUACUAUCUGUGGUGAGCUCUGUAUCGCCGUUCACAUUCUUUGGGAUCAACACGCCCAGCUGGUGGAGCCAUUUGCAGUCAAACAAAAUCUAUGCCUGCAUGAUGAUAUUCUUCUUGGGCAACAUGAUUGAGGGACAGCUUAUUUCAUCGGGCGCCUUUGAGAUAACACUAAACGAUGUGCCCGUGUGGUCUAAGCUGGAAACAGGCAAGUUCCCUGCACCGGAUGUGCUGUUCCAAAUCAUCGACAACCAACUACAAUUCACCGAUAAGGUGCAGGAAAAUCCGGACUUUGUUAAAUAAUAGUAGUGCCAGUCAUUACAAGCUAAGGCAGUAGAACAAAUCAACACCAAAUACAGUGAGGAGAAAAGACACGUGAGAAAUACACGAUUUAGUUUAUAACAAUAUUUGUCUCAGCAUUACGUAAAUACUAGUUAAAUAUGUUUACUCGUAAAUAUGUUUCACUUUCUUUUUUCCACUCUAUUACUAUAUAACUACUGCUCUUGUAUUUGUGUUCGGAAAUUGCCCCUCCCCCUUAAACUGUUUAAGUAUAUAAAAUAAUGAUAAUAAAUGUGUAACGUCUUUAGGUGCGAUGAA